CACGUAGUCAUCUUAAAAGAACAUUUCUGGUUCUCUCGGAUUUAGAUACCGUCACCAGAAUGUCCUUCUUUAACUUCCAAAUUGUUUCCCCUACUUUUCUGACCAGUAUUCAGCUCGAUGAGAUCGUCGCGAUUUCUGUUCGAACUUAUGACACCAACCCCACUAUCCGUGCAAUGACUGGCGGAAACAAGACUUUGUACGAUCCUUUUUUAAGAUCCGUAAACCGGGAACUGCUACUCGAAGGCAAGGUAUGGCUCGCUGUUUCGGAGGGAUUCAACAAUGCCUAUGCUCGCCUUACGGAAGAAACAAAAUAUUGGUGGCAGAAUAUUUAUGGGCCGCAGAUCAAGGAAUUCAUGGAUAACGCUCUUGGGGAAACCGCAGAUCUUGAUGGAUGGAUGACACCACUGUUGGCGGAUGAUCCGCCAUGUUCAAAGAAAUGGCCCAACAGUCCCGCCGCCCUUCCCAACUACGUUUCUCAACCAUUGAACGGCCUGGCGGCGCAUACAUCGAGAAUUUCUUUUCUCAGCGAACGGCCAUGGUGCGCGUCCUUUCGUUUGCAACAGGACGACGCUAUCCAUUUCAGCCGCCAUCCUCGACUAUCUAAAAGCUGCCUAUCUUCACACUCUCCGUCUUUCUUCCCUGUGCGCUGCAUUCAUAUCUGCCUUGAAGCCCACGUCAAAGUUGUGAUAACGUCAUCGUUUAUCCCUCUUGUCUCCAUGGUUUUGGAUCUGAGCAGACAAGCAGGCGAAGGAGGAUUUGUUCUGAGCGACGAUAGAAGAGAUGAAUCUGCUUUCCGAACCAAAGAGAAGCAGGGGGUGGUGUUCAAUGAUCUCGGGAAGGAAUCAGUGGUUGACGGAAGGGCGCAUGUUCGUUACGAGCAAAACACUGCCUGUUUGUCGACGUGACUGUCUUUUCAUGUCUCCAUAUCGUUCUUGGUGAUGACAACACAGAGCGGAAAGAUUUAUCCAUCUGGCAUGAUGACCGGUGGAGCAGGUUGAGCAAGUUUCGAGACGUAUGAGGUUGUCGCGCAGGAGGAGAAACAUCUAGCGCUAAGGAGCAGGUCCAGUUGGAGGGCUCCCAACUUGAUACUGCACAGAUGCAGCUAUGUGGUGCCGCCUGGUUAUCCUCUGAAACUCGGCAAUAAGACCCUUCGCAGUGUGAGCGACUCGGUCUGUUAUGACGUCCGCAUUCUGACUCUGCGCAUCCUGGGCGAUCUAUUGGUGGUGUAUUGUCCAUACCCGGCUUACAGGGCAUCGGUGGG